AUGGUGAAGCUGGUGACGAUCCCCGUGGAGGCGAGGGAGGAUGAGAAGGCGGUCAAGCGGCUGGGGCACUACUCGUCGGCGCAGAGCAUCCUGGUCGUCGGCGACGGCGACCUCUCCUUCUCGCUGGCGCUCGCCACCGCCUUUGGCUCCGGGGAGAAACUCGUCGCCACGUCCUUCGACUCCUACGUUCAUCUGAUCAGCAUGUACAUCAAAGCGGAAUCAAACGUAGCGGAGCUGAAGAGACUGGGCGCCACGGUGCUACAUGGUGUCAGUGUGAAGAAGAUGAAGAAACGCACCGAUCUCAUGUCUAGACGGUUCGACCGAAUAGUCUUCAAUUUUCCUCACGCCGGGUUCAUAGGGAAGGAGAAUCAGGUGCAUAUGAUCAACGCCCAUCGGCUGCUGGUGCAAAGGUUCUUCCGUCCCCUGGGCGAGAUACACGUCAGCCACAAGAUGGGGCAGCCAUACGACAGAUGGGAAAUCGAGGGUCUCGCCCUUGAGUUUUCGCUUUCUCUUUUUGAGAUGGUCGCCUUCCGUAAAGAGGAUUACCCUGGGUACAACCAAAAGAGAGGCGACGGUGACAGGUGCGACGAGGAAUUCCCUCUACGCAACGGCUGCACUUUGAAGUUCCAGCGCUGGCCUCGCUAA